AUGAUUAGAAAAUUUUACACAUUUUCACUUAGGGGCUCUAAUUUUAGGGCUCUCGUUACAAGGAGAAACUUUAGUGUUGACCAAAAUGUACACAAACACGAAGAAUUGUUAAAAAAUUUCGACUCGAGUCCUCAAAAUGAAGACUUGAAUGAAAGCUCAACCUGUGUUAUAGAGUCAGUAAAGGACACGUCAAGGCCACCCAAACAAAGAUUCAACAGCUAUACACUGGCGGAAAAUGAUAUGUAUUCAAGUAAACCAGUUUGGCAGCAGCUGAACGAGAUAGAGAACGCCUGGAAGAUGAAAUUUAAAUAUAGAUCGAGAAUUGAAGCUCAAAAGAAGAUCUCAAGGGCGAAAAGGAGCACUGAAAGUUUGGGGGAAUUGGAGGCAGAUAGUUCAAGAUUGGUGGAAAUAGACAGCUUCAGGAGUUUACAGUCCGAAGGCAAGUCGGAGAUUGUUCCCAAGAAGGAGUUGGAUUCUGAUGUAAGUGCCCCUUUCAUUAGUGAUCGCGAUGAGGGCACUCAGCUCAUUAAUGAUAUUAAGUUGGCUGGAGAUGCAUAUUAUGAGAAGGUGGACCUGGGAAAAGAAGAUGAAGUAAACAGGAGUCCAUCGUCGAUUAACCCGGACACGCUGCUGAAACCAGAUGAUAAAUCACUUCUCACUGAGAUAUUUGGAGAAGGGGACGACAGCCACAUCGAUGCCACGAGGCCCACCGCCAUAAUUGAGUCAACAACGAAACUGGACGCGGAAACGUGGCUAAACAUGGACCCGAACCACAUAUUGAUUCAACAGGACCUGCUGAAAUCGAAGAAUUCAACUCAGAUUCUGUCGACAAUUGGAGAUAAACUCGGCCAGAUGAACGCAGUAAAUGUGUCCACGGCAAUACACCGCCUGGCGAAGUACAGUAGCCCAUACAACAGAUACGCAGUUUGCAACCACGAGUCGUUUGGGAAAUUGGUUUCUUUGGUUGGAGAUCACAUGCUUCAAUUCGACCCACAAGGGCUGACUAACAUUUUCUGGUCCAUAACUAAGCUGAGGAUAACGCCAAACUGGAUCAGCUGUUUGCUUGAGCAGAUAAACAUCCACGCAAACAGCUUGAACGCAAACGAGCUCGCAAACUGCCUCUUCUGCAUAUCGAAGCUGACCAGAGCGGAUGACGUGAGCCUCGAGUUGAGGUUUAAAAUACUCAGCUUAGUUCAGGAUAAAAUCACCCAGUUUAGGAGGCCGCUCGACCUGACGUGCGUGUCCACGGCCCUGGCGAGACUGAACGUCAGAAACCCAGUCCUGUUUGGGCACAUAAGCAGCCAGGUCCUCUCGAGUCUGGAGGAGUUUAAAAUCCAGGAGAUCUGCGGAGUGGCCUGGGCGUACGCGUCCUUGGGCUUCACAGACCGCAUCCUGUUCGGCAAAAUAAAGCAGUUCAUAGAGUCGAAUGCCGAUUCGUCGAACAUCGGAAACAUAGUUCACCUGGCCUGGGCGCUCUCAAAGAUAAAGCAGGCCGACACGGACUUCUUCCUUUACACGAUAUCGCCGCUGGUCAGGGGACACCUUCAGAGUCUGAGCUGCAAGCACAUGACCACCAUAGCCUGGGCGUACGUGAACGCCGGCAUUGAGGACCAGGACCUGUUCAACGACAUUGCGAACACGCUUCUGCACCACGUGGACGAAAUGAGCACGCACGACGUGGCCUCCUCGGUCGUGGCCCUCUGUCACUUCGAGGACCACAAGGUCCUGCUUAAAAAGAUCAGGGCGCGGGCGGCCCUCAUGCUGAAUGAGUUCACGCCCCUCCAGUUGUCGAAAAUCGUAGCAGGGUUCUCGGGCAUAGGGGACGCCCACUUCUACAAUCAGCUGGCGAAGGUGGUGGACUCGAAGCUACACCUGAUGUGCCCGGAGAACGUCUUGGAGAUCCUCUCGGGAUUCACGAGCGCGAACGUGCUCCCGAUACCCCUAUUCUCGAAGCUGCUCAACACGGUGUCAAGGAGCUUUAAGAAGAUGUACGCCGAGGACUCGCUCAUGCUGCUGGAGUUGCUGGCGAAGCUGGCCGGCACCAGAGUCAACACGGAGAUGGCGAAGCUGUUCUCGACCCUGGCGCAGAACCUGAUUGAGCAGAUUGAUCAGCGGGUGUCCAGGUGGAGGUGUUUCGACGUCUCGCAGAUAACGGUUCUGUUCAGGUGCCUUAAGAUGGGCGACGGCUCCAGCAACGUCAUGAACACGCUCGUAAAGCACCUGGUUUCGUGCCUAAACCGAGUGUUUAAAUCGGGCAUCUCGCCCGAGCAGAAGAGGGAGAUUUUCGCAGAUUUCGUCCUGUCGACGACCCAGCUGCCGCUGAGCUGCCAGAACGUUUUGAAGACGCAGCUGGCCAAGGACUCGCAGCUGGUGAAGUCGUUCAACAACUUCCUCACGCUCAUCAGGAUAGACGUGGACGACGCAGACUCGCCCAAGCAAGCCAUUAAGCUGCUCCACUCCCUCACCAAUUUGGGGUUCUCUGAUCACGUGACCGCCGCUCUGUUCGACCAGCUGGUUGAACACGAACGCGAGCUUGGCUUUGGGGAGGACCUGGACUUGCUUUCCAGGCUCGUGUGGAGCCUGGUUGAGUCGAACCUUCACACGGGCUGGGCAGUUGAGAAGAUAUCCGACGUUUCCAGAGGCCGCGAAUUCUCUGCCACUCAGGCAGACUUCGACUCUCUGGUUCGGCUGAUGUGGUCGUGCGUGGUUCUGUCCGAGGAUCAGCUGCUAAUGGAUUUGACUGGCAACCUCGCCAGGUUUGAAAGCCUGUUUCCCACAGAGGUACUCUACGCCCAGCAGACAGCUCUCCACAUUCUCAAGUGCCUCAAGACUGACGUUAUCUUCAGCGAACAGCUCGAGUUGCCGCCCGGCGGCUCGGCAAGCGUUUCUAACGCCUCCGCCCAUAGAGACCUUGGUCUCGACAAACAGCAGGUUGCCAUUCUCAGGGAGUGGCUCGAUUAUCAGAGGGACGACCUUUACGAGAAGAGCAAAAGGCACAAACGGGCUCGCGUUCUGGAGGUCGACCACGACUCUCUCAUCUCCGAGUCCCUAAUUAAGAUGAAAAUCCCACACAAGACUCUCCACGUUGUCGAGAACAUUUAUCGCAUCAGCGUCGCCUUUCCUGUCGAGAAUCAGCUGCUCGAUGUCAUCGGAUUCACGGACGUCCUCGUUCCCCUGGGCCAGGUCAGGGCCUCCACUCUGCUUCGUCAGAGGCAGCUUCAGAUGCUCGGAUACGGCCUCCAUCCUCUCAGGGUUUCCUCUCUCUACGAGUGCCUGGGCUCUGAGAAGGCCAAGAAUCUCAUUGCUGAGAGCAUUUCCAGCUUCAAUCCUGUCGCUAAGGAUUACCUCUCGUUCAACAAACUGGACGUGAGGGGCGAGGAGGCUCCUUCUCCGUCUGACUGA